CAGCCAACAUGUUCAACAAGAGGACAAGCACAAGCGGCAGGGAUUACAGCCCCGGGGUGCUUAUUGGCAACUGGAACGAAGACGUGUCUCUUGAAGAGGAUUGCCUGAAAGAUUUUUUAUACAGAAGAGAAAGAGGAGAGCUUCUAAUCCAGAGGUCAAAAAAACUAAAAGAGACCCUUUACAAGAAGGAGCAGCUCUCCAUUUCAAAAGAUGGGUUUAUCCACUUCGGAGACACCGUUCUGUUGGUGAGCCCAGACAACAACAAAUCACCCAUGGAGAAUUUACCUGCUGUGUCCGGGAAUCUGUCCCUGGCUGUUAAUCCCGAUGAAGCGUCUGUGCAUACAUCUGCUAAGCUGCCUGUCCCCUGUGGAUUGAGCGCAUUCAGAAGCGUGACCCCAAUUGGUCGGAAUGCAUUUCGGAUUUUAAGCACUGAAGGAGAAGCUAUGGGAGAGCCCGUGAGGUUUGGGCAGAACUUUGGCCUUGGAACGACAGGAGGGUUUCCAGAACGAAUGCUCUUUCUAGCGAGCGACCACAAAACGUUUGUGAAUAAGGCGAAGAAAUCCUCCCUCCAGUCUGUCUUCAUGACAGAUGAACUUUCCUACUUGGCUUCUUGGCAAGCUACCUUUCUGGACCCACAGUACCGCAUGGAAUACGAAGGUUUCCCAGUGCCUUCAAACUCAAAGAUCCUGAUCAUUCACAGUCAUACAAAUCAGGGGUUGGCCGUUCCCCGGAACUUUUGGAUAUGGACAUACUUUGGAAAGGAAUACGAAGUCAACUGUCAUACCUAUCUCGAUUCCCAUAAAGCUGAAGAAGACAAGAAUUAUUGGGUAGUAGUCACUGGGAACCCAAGUGAUGAGUUGACCACCAUGUUUGAUCGGCCUCCGCCUCCAUCGGAGGAGACAAGGGUGCAAAACAGUGAACUCCACACAGAGACAUAAUUGCCCAUGCUUUGAAAAGGAAACAUGUUAAAAGUUCGCUUCCAUUAGUGAUCUUGUAGAAAAGA